AUGGCUCCGGCUCAAGAGACGACGAUGCCAGUAGGGCGGCGCACGCGCAAAUCCAUAAGCGGAUUUUCUCCCCAAAAAACGACGGACAAGGAGAAUGCGACAAUCGACUUUGGCGCGUCCGGAGCGACCACUUCGAUGCCGGCAGCUAGCAGGAAAAAGUCGCGCAGCAAGAGCAUGGGCCCUGGGGGGCUCGACUCUGCGUUAAAGUCUUCGUCGGGAAAUCGACGCGUUUCACUGGCAGCACCCUCCCGGCCUCCACCGCGGUCGAUUCUGAAGCCGACGAUGCCAAUUCUUGCAGACAUACCGCCUCUGAGGUCGAGAGCAAAGAGCCAGAGCCGCGCCUCGCCGGCCAGAGCAGCGGACGACGGGAGGAAGAUUGCGCUGCGGACAGAAGAACAGCAGCAGGCGGCAGCGCGUGAGCGAGAGGAACGGGAGCGGGUGGCACGCGAGAAGGAGGUCAACGCCCAUAGGGAGGCACGGCGCAAGUCUCUGGCCAACCGGCGGGUGUCCUUUGCGGCGGAGGCGACGCUGCACACAUUCCACGAGAUUGAGUACGUGCCCGAGGGGGCAGCGGGGCGACAAACGUCAUCGGCGGCGGGGGCAGAUGAGCUAUCGACGCCGCCGGAGCAGAUGGACGACGACGCGAAGAAGCGGCGGCGCAGCUCGACCGGGGCUUCGGUGCUUGGCUUCGACAACGACGACGACACGAUGACGUCGACGGUGUAUGACUCGGACGGCGACGGCGACGGGGUGGAAGAGGAUGACGACGACAACGACAACGUGGAGGAGAUGGAGUCGGAUCGGAGCGACAGCGACUCGGAUGAGGGCGACGGAGCCACGAUGGUGACGGUGGAGGGCGAUGAGGUGACGUCUGCAUCAAUCAUGUCGGCCAUGUCGGCCAUGUCGGCCAUGCAAGGACGAUCGCGGUCGGCGUCGCCGAUCGAGUCGACGGGCGACCUGGACGAGGCGCUGCGGCUGGCCACACAGCAUGCGGGUGCUGAGGCCGAUCGGACGCGACGACAGCGACCGGUCGGCGAGGACGAAGAGGUCAUUCCGGCAUUUAUUGGCUGGGGCAAGAAGGCGGCUUCGAACGUGUCGGCAGCCCCGUCGUUGCCGGCGGUACAGCGAGACGACACGGAAGCGAGCAUGGAUAUGGACAUGGAAAUGGACAUGGACAUGGACAUGGAUGCAGACGCGGGCAUGGAGAUGGAGAUGACACAUGCCAUGGGUGGCAUUAUCCGAAGUGCAGCAGCCGAGAAGGCCGGGGACGAGAUGUCGAUGGACGUAACGCGCGUGUACGGCGGGAUCAUUGCGCAGCUGAGACAGCCUAUGGACACGGAUUCGGUGCCGAGCAGCCCGAUGUUGAUGCCACCAGACGACAUGACGAUGGGGGAUGUGCCGAUGGAGCUGACGAUGGCAGUGGGAGGGAUCCAGGCAAUGACAGAGGCGGACGCAGACGCGGAUGUGGAUGUGGACGCACAGUCUGUCGACAACCAAGGCCUCGAGGAUAUGUCGAUGGAGCUGACGACGGUGAUGGGAGGCGUACUCUCGGCGAUGGGAGCCGGCAGACAACGGAGAAAGAGUGUUCGGCAGACGAUGCAGUCGACGAUAGACGAAGAGCCGAUGGACAUGACGGUGGCAGUUGGAAAGAUUUUGUCUGGACCUGAGGAGGACGGAGAGGAAGAAGAGGCCGAGAUGGAGGAUGCGACGAUGGCAAUGGACAUGACGAUGGGAAUGGAAAUGACGACAGCGUUGGGAGGAAUUCUGCAGCCGGCCAACGAGAUGGCUGCCACGCCGACGACGACCCGUCUCGAGUCGACAGCCCGGCUCGAGUCGAUGUCGUCGCCGAUUGUGCUGCCCAAGAUGAGCGGCUCGAGCUCGAAGCGGACGCCAGCACGCGGAUUCGUCGAGGAGAAGCAGGCGCUGGCGACUUCGACGACGCCGAUGGGAGAGCCCAUGGUCAAAGCACUAACAGCACCGACAGCACCAACAACGCCUCUGAGGGACUCAUCCCCGAUGCGGUUCAUCGGCAGCCGGUCCAAGUCGCCCAAGAGGGGCACGUCUCCAGCCGGAAAGGCAACAGCAGCAGCAGCAGCAGCAGCAGCGAGCACGACGCCACGGUCUCCACCCAAAUCGUCGAAUCGACUGCUGGCUAGGUCUCCAUUCACGCAGAACCCAGACACGGGCUUGGCGACGCCGUCUGUGGUGCUCACGCCCCAGCCAAAGAAGGUGGCCCGGCCUCGACCGUCUCUCUUUGCCGGUGUCGGACCAGCGUCUCCCAAGAUCACAGAGAUCUUUAACCGGCGAUCGUCGCUCGUCGACACGGCUCCCGAUUUUGUGGUGGGCUCGGCCAGCAAGGGUCGGGCGGUGGUGAGCUUUGACGAGCCGGCGACAGGAUGGGCACAGGACGACCGCGAAGCGACGCAGAACCUGCGCGAGCUGAUCCAGAACCUGUCGCCGAAGAAGAAGCCGCUGAAAGGCCGCAAAAGUCUGCACGUGGGCAGCGCGAGAGGGCUAUUGGGCAAGCGGCCGCUCGAACUGGAGGACGAGGAGGCCGACAGCAACAGCAACAGCAAUGACAACGACGAUGAAGGCAUCUACGAGAGCCAGGACCUGGUCAAGCGACUCAAAGGCAACGAGCCGAGUCCAGUGAAGAACGUUCGGCUGCAGCAGCCACCGUCGAUGAUGGAGACGAUCGGACGGUCUUCACGGUCACAGGCAGUGGAGGAGCAGCAGCAGCAGCCGGCCAGCUUGGACAGCACAGGCAGCGAGGUCGAAACCGAGCGCAUCCACCUGCAGGACUUUCUCAACAUGGCCAGCAUCCAUUUUAUGGAGCUAGAGACGACAAAACGACGUCCGACAGAAGUGGGACUUCCAGCGACCAACAAGGACGGCAGCCAGCCAGAGGACAGCACGAGAGACCCGGAGACGGAAGAGCUGGUGACGUCGGUGUGCAAGGUGCCGCUGCUGGAGAUGUACCAGCACGCGUGCCGGGAGCUGAAGAACUACAUCGAAGAGGGCCGGUCGAUCAUGCGGGAGAUCGAGACGGAAACGUACGAAGAAAACCCGGCGAUCUUCCGGGAAUACAUGACGGCGACGCCGGAGCUGCGGACACAGAUGGACAACCAGUUCAAGAACAUCAAGAUCUUUGCACGGCUGCAGAGCAAGAAGCAGUGGUACGAGUGGCGGACGAAAUUGCAGCAAGGACUGCAGGAGGGCAUGCAGAAGACGCUGUGGGACCUGGAAAAAGACAGGGAGGUGCUGCAGGCACGGCGGUCAGUUGUGGACGCAGCAUAUCCGCAGUUGCUGGCCGAAUACGAGGGCGUGGAGGGCGAGAUAGUGCGGCUGAUGGCCGUGGCUCGAGGCGUCGGCGAUGGUGAUGGAGUGACAGCAUUACGUCAGCAGAAGCGACAGCUGCAGGCCAGCCUGGCGGCUCGGAAGCGCGAGACAGAGCGGCUGCAAGCCGAGACGCAGGCGAGCCGGGCACGGGUGGCAGCGAUGAAGGCGGAACGCGAGCGGCACCUGCAGGAGCUGGAGGAGGCCAAGCGGGUGCAGGAAGAACGACGAAGCUGGAGCCAUCAGGAGAUCACGACGCUCAAGGCCCAGGUCGACGGGUUGGAGCGGAAGAGCGGAUGGGCCGUGACGGGUGCCCAGGGCACGACGCUGUCGCUGGCGUACCGGCGGGAGGUGGAGCUGGUCUUUGACGUGAGGGCGUGGGCCGAAAAGACGGACACGACGACUGAUCUCUGGUACAUUGGCAAGGCCGUCGACCCGGACACAGAGACGUUUUUCGUGCAGUGUAUUCGAGAUCACGUGCGCUCGCUGAGACCCGCAGAAACAUCGCCAGCCAGGCUGCUCAAGGUGGUCCGUGCGUCGUGGGACAUCGCCCGGCAGACGGCCAUGCAGAUGCGCCAGCUGCGACGGUCGUUUCCGACGACGACGACGCGGACGUCAGACACGUCGAUGGCCCUGACGGCAUCGGUGCUGCUGAUGAUGCUGCAGACCAAGAUUGAGGUCAAGGUGGAGGUGGGGGCCGAGCUGGCCGAACGGGCUGGACAAGCUGAACAGCUCCCCUUUAAGCUCGCGAUCGAGGCUCGCGUGAUCUACGGCGAGCCGUUCAAGGCAGCGCGCAUGGGUGAGUUUCUGACGGCGCGAAUUGGCGACGCAACGGCCGCCUGGGUAGACGUGGUGGAGGAGCUCCGGGGAAAGCUGGAGGCACAGGGGCGAAGAGAGAAGUAG